CUUGCGUGAUCAAGUAAAUGCUUAUCUUGGGAUAAAGAAUGGCACAUCUUAUCUUAAGAUGGCAUAUGAAGAGGUAUUAUUUCCCGUCUGCUUCGCUGGCAAGAAAAAAUAUUUCGGUAUAUCGCAUGAAGAUGUGGUUAAUUUUAGGCCAAAUGAUCUCUUUAUGAGAGGAAUUGAUACUGUGAAGCAAGGGAAUUCUGAGCUCUUCAGGUUUAUCGGAGAAAAGAUUAUGUGGGAGGCAAUAACACACGUUCAAUUUGUAAAAUUGUUGAAGACGCUCUCCGGGAUGCUAGAUUUAAGCAGUGGGAUUUUAAUCAGUUUAUUGCAAUGUCUAAAUGGAAGGCUAAAGGAGAUUUCCUAUAUUGUUGUGAAUGACGACCCUCGUUAUAAAAAAGAUGGUUCAAAAUCGACAAGAAAGGGUGAUUACAUGGAGUUUCCAGAAAUUGCAAAAGAGUUUAAUAUGAAGAUAGAUAUCAGACACUAUUUAGAACAAACAGUAGGAAUGUGUGCACGUUUUAUCAAUGAGGAUAAUAUGUUCCUACCACCCUCAUCAGAUAAAAUAAUGCAGAUUAAAGAUUCAGAUAUAAGAGAAAAACAGAUCGAUAAAUAUUCUCAGAAAAAGGCAAAAAACUGGCUUAUUAAAUAUAUCAAGAGUCUUCAAUAA